AUUAAAUCACAUUUUGUAUACUGCUUUUUGCGCUUCUAUGAUAUCUCUUUUCAUUAACAUGUAAUUGUUCUACUGGAUUCCGAGCAAUACACAUGUUGACUGACUGACUUGAGAAAUUUAUAUCAUUGUUUUUAGAGUCUAAUUUUAAUGAGGAUAAUGGCUUUUGAUUAAAUCUGUCUGAUUACAAUGCAUACUUGUGCUUCUGUUUAGCCUAUUUACUGUUACGUUAACACAGUGCUUUUAUUCUAUUCUGCAUGCUUGCAAAUGGACUCGCCAGGUGGGAAUGCUCACGUAUUUACACAUUCCUCAGUUAACAAGCGAAUAUGUAAUAGUAAUUCAUUAGGCAGUGUGUAUAAGCAGAAAUCUUCUUUGUCAGUUGCAAAAACUUGCAUAGCUGAAAUUCUGCCGUCCAGAUUCAAACCUAUAGUUGCCGUUCAGGCCCCCUGCAUGUACAAGCAGAGUGCAUCGCUGCCUCAGCAGAAAGCACAGAGCUGUGAGAACCUGCUUGAACCUUUGGCAUCAUUGGAAAACAAACAAGCAGGGGGAUGUGUGGAAAAUAUGCUGGCCAAAUCCUGCAAGGAUUAUAAAGUAAAGUCGGGCAGCGCUAUGAGCCUGCAAGAGUACAGCUUGAACUCCGCAAAAUGUUCUUUCCAAUCAAAUUUCAGGUCAGGUGGUCCCGAAUUCAAUGUGAUGUACAGAGAUAUGCACCAUAUUAACCGUUCCACUUUGUGCAGCUCUUCAUCCUGCUCCAAUGUAAGAGACAUUGCAAGUCAGUUUGAGAGGGAAGGAAAGAAUGGAGCCUGUCAUAAGUUUGGACUUGAGAGCUCCAAAAAUGUCCCCAAGCACACAGUGUCCUCCAGGGUGACAGCAUUCGAACAACUAAUACAGAGAUCCAGAUCAUUGCCGUCUCUAGAUAUAUCCAGUGAACAAAGCUUUUCGCCUACACCGCCAAAAUCUAGAGCAGGGAUACAAUCCGCUUCCUCUGCUGAAUCUCUUUUAGAAAUUCCAAUUAAGAGGAAUACAGAUGAAGAUGUACAGCCGCUGUUGCACACAAUCGCCGACCCUAAGGGUAAUGUAGAGGAGAGGACUUCUGACCUAAGUGACAACACUUUAACUGACGGCCUUUCCGGCUGCACAGAUGAGACUGACCUUCUUUCCAACGCCUCGAGUGAUAGUUGCAACAGUACUGCCAAGCCACCUCAGAAAUCUAAAACUAACACCUGCAAAAGUUCCUGCCCUGCUUCCUACACAAGAUUCACAACUAUUCGGAGGCAUGAACAGAAAAUGGCCAAGAACUCUCAUUUAAAAUCAGAUACGCAAGCUGAUCGGCUGAUCUUUCAGAGAAAUAUAUAUCUUAUAAGCCCUCUUCCAUUCAGAUUAAAAAAACCAUUACAGAACAGUCCCAAAAAAACUUGCGAUACAACAGAGAAGAAUGGUGAUGUGAUAGAGCCAUCCAGAGAGAGCCAACCAGACCACAAGACUAAGCCAUCCGAAGACGUUGAAGAGAAGCCUCAUCUUCCAAUGCGCCAGUCUUCAUUUGAAAUUGUGGAAAGACUGAGCUGUCUAAACAUUAACAAUUUUGAGCAUGAUAAUACUAAUCUAGAAGAGCAUUGUUCAGACUCUCUUAAUAAUGGAGAUAUUGUCUCAUUUCCUUUAUGUUACAAUUUGGAUUCAAACAACAACAGUCAGCUGAGUGAAGGUGGAGCAGUCACAGGAGGUGGAGUUUUUCUGCAUCUUGCCAAUAUGUGACACUUCAUCUGUGUGACAGACCAUCUCUAUCUGUCAUUCACCUUCAUUUUCUCUUGAAUCCACAUCUGUGCUUAUCGUCUGUGUUCCUUCUGAGCUGACAUUUACAUAGGUUUUGUGCAAAGUGCAAUGUGUAAACAAGCAGCUUAUCCGCCCUCUUAAAUUCAGUUCCAGAUAAUUACUAAAAUCAGGCCAUAUAGAUUACUUGACUGUUGGCAAAGUGACCACUAGAAUUAAGUAACAAUGUAUAGUUUAGGCAUCACCAGUGAUUUCAAAGGCAUACACAUGAUGCUUUCUCACUCAGGAACGCAGUGAAAGCAACUACACGUAUAGCAACUGUUUGUUUUGUUCAGCGUCUUCCUUCAGGGGCCUCUAGUUUAGCGCAAGCUCACCCACAUGUGAUGCUAAUUAGGAUAUUAUGUGUCAGAUUCCCCCUACACUCUUGUUUAAAUAGGGAUGCACCAAAUCUGUCCAGGUACCAAAUGGUUUGACAGAUGUUUCUGCCACAUCAUCCUCAAGCUCGUAGUUUUAAAUUGAGCAGAAAGGGUCAAGAUCAGGGAAGGCGACGGGUGACAUUCCAGCUGCUUAGAAACUACACAUCCCAGCAUGCCCUGCCACAGUUUUGA